AUGAACGACAGUGACGAUACAUCUGUAGCAAUCCUUGAAAAGCAAAAUGACGGUUCUGGGAAACGAGCUUGUAUUCAUUUCCUUGCGAAUAUUACUUCCGAUUCCCGAGCACAUCGGGGUAUUCAUCCAAUCCUCGCCCUCGAAUCCCACCAAGAGAACAUGGCCAGUCUCGUCGAUAAGGCCCUCCGACAUUUGCCAGCUCCGAAGGGUACUCUGCGGUCAUUACAUUUAGCGGAUGGGUCUAAACGCCGUAUGCCGGAUUUUAUAUCAGCUACAAGAGGGCCAGGGAUGCGCUCAAACCUUUCAGUAGGGCUUGACACCGGGAAAGCACUCUCUGUUGCGUGGCAAAUCCCGCUGGUCGGGGUACACCACAUGCAAGCGCAUUUACUGACACCGCGGCUUGUGUCAUGUUUGGAGGGAAACGACAGCAUGAGCACGGCCUAUGAUCCACAGUUCCCAUUUUUGUCGAUCCUAGUGUCUGGUGGCCAUUCAAUCCUCGUACACUCAAAGUCAAUCACGGAUCACAAAAUCAUGGCGUCGAGCGAGGAUAUAGCAAUGGGUGAAACACUUGAUAAGGCGGCCCGUGAGAUACUUCCUGCUGAGCUGCUGCAAGGGUCGAAAACGACCAUGUAUGGAAAGGCCCUAGAGCGGUUUGUCUUUCCAAAUGGCGAGGCCGAUUUUGCCGAUUAUAGGCCCCCUACGAGUCGAGGAGAGGAAUUGAUCAGGCGGCAAAAUUCGUGGGGCUGGAGUAUCACGACGCCCUUCGCGAACACCAGGGUAUUGCAACUGAGCUUCUCUUCUGUAGCAAGCAUGGUCAACAAGAUCAUCAAGAGCAAAGAGGGGAAUCUGUCCUACCAGGAACGAGUCGAUCUCGGUCGUGAAGCAAUGCGUGUAUGUUUCGAACACCUUGCAUCACGGACUAUCAUAGCCCUCGAAGAACUCCGUAUCAGGCAUCGAGACGAAGAAGAGAUCAGAACGUUGGUUGUUAGCGGCGGUGUUGCGGCGAACAAGUUUCUUAUGGCAGUUCUUCGAUCAUUUCUUGAUGUGCGGGGAUUCGAACAUGUGAAACUCGUCGCGCCGCCUCCAUCUCUGUGCACUGACAAUGCUGCUAUGAUCGGCUGGGCAGGUAUAGAAAUGUUCGAAGGCGGCUGGCGGUCAGAUUUAAGCUGCCGGGCCAUACGGAAAUGGACGCUCGAUCCUCAGGCUGAAGAUGGAGGCGUGUUGGGGCCCAAUGGGUGGAUCCAUGAAUCGACUCUGUAG